AUGCGCGGGCUUGCAUCGGUCAUCACCGCGCUGCUAUUCUCAUCUCAAGCACUAUGCGCGAGGAGCUCUGAAGACCGUCCAAACAAGAAUGCCAUUCUCCUCUCCACAGUCGAAACUCUGACGUUGCGUGCUGACCGCAUGACAACAUCUCGUCGACUCUCCCCCAUCCCGCAGCUUAAUUGUGUCGGUCCAUCGAAAAAGAUAUGUUCGCUCUACCAGCCAGAAACAAUACGCUGUACCAACCAAGGCCAUGACUACGAAGAGGAGGAUGUACAGUGGACUUGUAAAGCUUCACUUCCAUCCGAGUUCAAGCUUGGUUCAACAGAUGUCGUGUGUGAGGGAUAUCGAAACGCCGACGACAGAUGGGUUCUCAAGGGGAGCUGUGGUGUCGAAUAUCGGAUGCUACUCACAGAGCUUGGUGAAGACCGAUUCGGAAAAUCGGGCAAAAACAUUACGGGCACUGAUGAGGUAGUCUGGGAAUGGUGGGCGAAUCUUUUAUUCUUUGCUAUCUUCUUUGGUGUUUUCGGGUGGAUUGUUUGGCAGCUGUGCUGCGGUCCCGCCUCGGCUACGAGACGUAGAGGUCCACGGAGAACAAGAGGGGGACUCUGGGGCGGUGGUGGUCCUGGUGGUGGUGGCGGAGGAGGCGGAGGUGGUGGUGAUGGCUAUGAUCCUUACUCGGGGCCACCUCCUGCUUACGGCAGCUGGUCGAAUGGCGAUAAGUCUACUACGCAAAGUGGACGUUCUGCCAGACAAGGCUGGACCCCUGGAUUUUGGACUGGUGCACUUGGUGGUGCAGCCGCUGGGUAUGGUUUAGGACGACGACGUUCAAAUGGUGGAUCAUGGCCAAACGGGCGGUUUGAUAGGAGCAACGCAGGCGAAGGCAGCUCGAGAAGUCGCUCACCACCACGAUUCUCCGGCACGUCGAGCAGCAGUGGGUUUGGAUCGACUAAACGCAGAUGA